AUGGAGGAUGCUGCAGGAUCUGAGACUGGUACAGGAACAAUCAGAAUAAAGAAGGAGAAGGAUGCUGAUCCCACUGCCGGACAUUCACAUCGCUUCAGAGUGAAAUUCAGUUCUUCUGACCCCAAGGAAUACGUUAUAGACUGUGUUCAACCUGGAACAGUGCUGCAGGCGAUACAAACAUGUGACAAACAUGAGGAGCGGUUUUCAGAUGAAAACCUUGUGAUUCAGCUGAGUAAAAAGGAUAGGAAAUAUGCUAUUGCAACGCAUUUCCCUUGUACUUGUAUCUGGGAAGAUGUGUGUCUGAUCUUAUCGCAUGAAAAAGAAAAGAUUGAAGAGACCCAAGGCCAAAAUGAGGAACCAAUACAGUCAAAGGACAUGUAUUCUGUCUUCUCUAUUGAUACAGAGGGAGGAGAAAACACCAGAACAAAGCCGUUUAUCAGAAGCAAGGCUUUCAGUACGUUCAAGUAUCUGUGUGUGUAUGGGGAGAAGGGUAUGACAGUGGAGGACGCUCUGAAAAGAGAUGGACGCUUCAUUGAUGAUCUUGGAAACUUCACUCUGUCCGACAACAAGGAUCCAAUGAAAAGCACUGGAUGUACCCAACCUGUUGACAACUUGCAUGGAAAAAAAUUCAAGUUGUGCCUUGAAAGGAUGCGUAACGAAAAAGCAGUCAGAGAAGAAUUAAAGCAGAGAAUAGACGUUAUCCAAAAAACAAUGGAAAACAAUACAUUUAGUGUCAAAGAUUUAGUGGAUCGUGUCAGAGCAGAGAACAGAUCAGAGGGAAAGAGUGGUCAGAGUGGCAGCAGUGUCAACGUUACAGAGAUUUAUGGUUUACUGCAGAAGCAGUGUGCAGAUCUGAAGAAACUGAUGAGGAGGAGAUUCCCAGGUGAUUCUUAUCAGACGGCACUGAACCUGAGGAGGAGAGACUUUAGAAAGAUCCAACAGUCGUUCAGCGACGUUCACAGAGUCAGAGAGCUGAUGAAACUGGGAGAGUCAGUUUGCAAAGUUAUUGUUGAAGGUUAUUGUACAGGAACAGGUUUUGUGUUGUUUGACAACUUCAUCUUGACUAACGCACACCUGUUGAAACAAUGUGUUGAAAAAGGAAUCAAAAAGCUGAAGGAUGAUAUAAAGGUGGAGGUUAUCUUUAACUUUGAAGAAAAGCUCAAAUAUCACCACUACUUUCAGCUGGCUCACCGUAACAUCCUCUACUGUCAUGAUGACCUUGAUUAUGCCAUACUUCAGCUUAAGUCAGUCAGCCAGAAGGACAACCCAGAAACAACUAAAGUCACAAAAGAGAAGGUGCCACCAGGGCUCCUGGAGAGGUUUGGUCCAAUGCCUAAGAGUGGUGGAGCCUGUCUCAUUGGUCACCCAGAUGGAGUGAAACAACUGGAUCCAACAUCUGUCAUUGAGAGAGAAAACAGGGAGAAGGCUGUUGAGGAGCCAUACAAAGACAAAGCUUUCAUUCUCCACAUAAUCAAUAAAAUCAAAAAGCAAGGCAUUGAAAGCAUAUUGGUAGGUGGAAACAGAGCAGAGAAAGAAACAACCUACAACACCUCCUUCAUGUAUCACGGCUCGGCUGGAUCCCCAGUGUUUGAUGCUGAGUGCAGGGUUUUUGGUUUGUACACCUCAGGAUUCGUUUACGGUCAUCCAAAGCCUGAGAGUGUGAUAGAGUGUGCCCAACCUCUGCUAACUAUCUUUGCACACUUUGUGAGUAAACUGAGGAAGCCUGGGAAUGAGGAGCUGUUGAAGAGAGUUAAGGAAGUAGCAGAGGGAAACUCAUACCUAGAAAACAUACUCAAACCCGACUCUGAUGACUCAAUGGUGACUGAUUAG